UAGUGAAACAUUUUCCUAAUGUAAGCCUUCUGCAUUCAGCACCUAGCCCUAGUGAUAUCUUGACAUCUUCAUUGAAAAAAAAUGAUAUUGCUAGAAAUUCUUCUAAUAAAUAAUUUUAUGGAAAACUAGUAGAAAUGAAUAGAAAAUUUCGAUUUCCAGCUUUGUGUUUGACAAAUAUGACACUGUUUCAAUGCAAGCUCGGUGCCGUUUUUCUCCCAUUCUCCGGUUCGCAAUGCGCGUGCGCUCUGCAUCCAUCUGUGUACCACACAUCGAGGAAUUUGUAAGCUUAAAUAAAGAUGCUCAACGUCUCGGCUCCAUGGUGCCUUCGUAUCGGCGAAACUGAUUUAUCCUGAAAGGAAAACAAGAGCAGAACUCAAUAUAGGAUUUUAACACACCUUCCACAACCCAUUAAAGUCUUAAUGUAUCAUAAAUCAAUUCCAGCUAUGGAAUUGAAGAAAUCAAUUUCUGAUACCGAGCGCUCAUUGAAGAGCUACGGCUCUGUAUCGGAAACGGAAUGGACAAAAGACAAAGGUCAGUCAGAUGUGUCCAUGGCGGAGAGCAUCAUGUCUCCAGAUGAGAUUGAAGUGGAGAUGGCUCGCAUCCAGCGCCUCAGGGAGGUGCUGGUGAGGAGGGAGUCCGAACUGCGCUUUAUGGCGGAUGACAUCCAGCUCUGCAAAGACAUCAUGAGUCUGAAACAGGAGCUGAGGAAGGUGGUAACUGUACCAGAGAAAGAGAAGACCAAGAAACAGAGACAGUGGGAGGAGGAGUUGAUCCUGAAAAUCCAUAAACUGGUGCAGAAGAGGGAUUUCCUAGUGGACGAUGCAGAGGUGGAGAGAUUAAGGGAGCAGGAGGAGGACAAGGAGAUGGCUGAGUUCCUGAGACAGAAGCUGAUGCCUCUGGAGAAGCUGGCCAGAGAAGCUGCCCAAAAUCCCCAGAAGCCCAAGAGACUCCCUGGUCCUCCGCCCAGCAAGCCGUCCGUCACCAAGUCCAUCACCAUCAUCAAGGACUGCUGCGGAGCCACCCAGUGUUGUAUCAUGUAACCGUGGUUACAGAGGAGUUGAAGACAGUACACCCUCCCAUUCACAGCACCACCCUAGUAACAACAACACAGUCACACUGUACAUCUGUCACCUGACCUGGUCUCUCAUAUCACCUAUCGUUACAUCAUUUCCUGUGAUCCAGAGAACCCUGGUGCAAAAUGGAUGCCCUUAUACGUGAUAGAUGGACAGGCCUGGCCACAUGUAAAUAAUGGAAUAACAGAAAUAUAAAUGAAAUGUGGCACUAUAUAAUGUUAAAAGGCAAUUGGAAAUUGAAUAUAUGGGACCUGUACAGUAUUGUAAGCAAUACACCAAUUUAUAUUGAUUUAGGGACUCAUUACAUCCCUCAAAACAUUCUUCAGAGAUCAAUAAUGACAUAUAUUCCUCAGAUUUAUAAGCACAACGUCCCAUACCCAACCACAAACGCAACAUACCAAGGUUCUCUGUCCACCAGGAAAUUACAUCAUGACUGAAUUGUUAUUGACUUUGUCAUUUUGAAUAACGGGUAUUUACUGGAUGCUUCCAUUCCAACCCUUUAACAGAACAACUAGAACUCCUCUCAGACUUAGGUCUGUAUGCUUACUAGGGUGGGGUCAAUUCCAUUUCAAUCCAGUCAUUUACUUACCGAAUUAACAGAAUUGAAAAUGAAUUGAUCCAACCCUGAUGCUUGCUCUGGAAAUGUAGAUUAUGAAACACUUCACUCACUGCAGUACAUUUUUUAAUCCCUUUAUUGUAAAAGUAUACUUCCUAUAUAAACAGUAUUACUGAACACAGUUGCUAUGAUACCAUUUACAUUGGCAAGCUGCAACAAUCGCAUGAUUGAGUUAUUUUGUUUUUCUAUGAUGUAUAUCAACGUAUCAAUAACCAGCCAGUAUACACACGCAUUUAUUUUGCUAAGACAAAGUCAGCCUUACAACUGGUCAAUCUUAUAUUCACCAAAACAUACUGGUAGUCAUUACCAUGGUAUCACUACAAUAUUAUUCAUGAUUACAAUGAAUAAGUAUAGCAAAGGAAAACAAUUAGCGUCAUACUACGAGUCUUGCAAUUUCUACAGCAAAACAAGAAGAGGUGAAUGCAAUUCUUUAUUUGUACAUGCCUUUGUUAAGAUUCUGGAAAAGAGAGUGUUUGUUGGAAUCUGUUUGUAGAAGAUUCGGGAGUCCUGUUCAACAAAGUGACCCUCUACUUCAGAAUAUUGUCCUCUAACCCCACGCCUCCCUUUGGGUAGAUCUCGGAAGUAUUUUUCUUGACUCAUCAAGUCCUUCUCCUUGCUUCCAUUGGAGGUUAUGAGAAGCAAAGAAUUGUGGAAAACAGACUCAUCCCUGAACUUUGUUCUGUAGCAUAUUAGUGAUGCUUUAAUGUCCAAAAUGAACAAUAUGCAUAAAAUGAGCCGAAAUUACCUGUACAUAUACAGUACCAGUCAAAAGUUUGGACACACCUACUCAACAGGUUUUUUUAUUUUUAAUUUUUUACUAUUUUCUACAUUGUAGAAUAAUAGCGAAGACAUCAAACCUAUGACAUAACAGAUAUGGAAUCAUGUAGAACAAGGAUUAAAUCAAAAUACACUGCUCAAAAAAAUAAAGGGAACACUUAAACAACACAAUGCAUCUCCAAGUCAAUCGCACUUCUGUGAAAUCAAACUGUCCACUUAGGAAGCAACACUGAUUGACAAUACAUUUCACAUGCUGUUGUGCAAAUGGAAUAGACAACAGGUGGAAAUUCUAUAGGAAAUUAGCAAGACACCCCCAAUAAAGGAGUGGUUCUGCAGGUGGUGACCACAGACCACUUCUCAGUUCCUAUGCUUCCUGGCUGAUGUUUUGAUCACUUUUGAAUGCUGGCGGUGCUUUCACUCUAGUGGUAGCAUGAGACGAAGUCUACAACCCACACAAGUGGCUCAGGUAGUGCAGCUCAUCCAGGAUGGCACAUCAAUGCGAGCUGUGGCAAGAAGGUUUGCUGUGUCUGUCAGCGUAGUGUCCAGAGCACGGAGGCACUACCAGGAGACAGGCCGGUACAUCAGGAAACGUGGAGGAGGCCGUAGGAGGGCAACAACCCAGCAGCAGGACCACUACCUCCGCCUUUGCGCAAGGAGGAGCAGGAGGAACACUGCCAGAGCCCUGCAAAAUGACCUCCAGCAGGCCACAAAUGUGCAUGUGUCUGCUCAAAUGGCCAGAAACAGACUCCAUGAGGGUGGUAUGAGGGCCCGACGUCCACAGGUGGGGGUUGUGCUUACAGCCCAACACCGUGCAGUACGUUUGGUAUUUGCCAGAGAACACCAAGAUUGGCAAAUUCGCCACUGGCGGCCUGUGCUCUUCACAGAUGAAAGCAGGUUCACACUGAGCACGGGACAGACGUGACAGUCUGGAGAUGCCGUGGAGAACGUUCUGCUGCCUGCAACAUCCUCCAGCAUGACCGGUUUGGCGGUGGGUCAGUCAUGGAGUGGGGUGGCAUUUCUUUGGGGGGCCGCACAGCCCUCCAUGUGCUCGCCAGAGGUAGCCUGACUGCCAUUAGGUACCGAGAUGAGAUCCUCAGACCCCCUGUGAGACCAUAUGCUGGUGCGGUUGGGCUUGGGUUCCUCCUAAUGCAAGACAAUGCUAGACCUCAUGUGGCUGGAGUGUGUCAGCAGUUCCUGCAAGAGGAAGGCAUUGAUGCUAUGGACUGGCCCGUCCGUUCCUCAGACCUGAAUCCAAUUGACCACAUCUGGGACAUCAUGUCUCACUCCAUCCACCAACGCCACGUUGCACCACAGACUGUCCAGGAGUUGUCGGAUGCUUUAUUCCAGGUCUGGGAGGAGAUCCCUCAGGAGACCAUCCGCCACCUCAUCAGGAGCAUGCCCAGGCGUUGUAGGGAGGUCAUACAGGCACGUGGAGGCCACACACACUACUGAGCCUCAUUUUGACUUGUUUUAAGGACAUGACAUCAAAGUUGGAUCAGCCUGUAGUGUGGUUUUCCACUUUAAUUUUGAGUGUGACUCCAAAUCCAGACCUCUGUGGGUUGAUACAUUUUAUUUCCAUUGAUAAUUGUUGUGAUUUUGUUGUCGGGACAUUCAACUAUGUAAAGAAAAAAGUAUUUAAUAAGAAUAUUUCAUUCAUUCAGAUCUAGGAUGUGUUAUUUUAGUGUUCCCUUUAUUUUUUUGAGCAGUGUAUAUUUGAUUUUCUUCAUGGUUGCCACCCUUUGUCUUGACAGCUUUGCACACGCUAGGCAUUCUCUCAACCAGCUUCAUGAGAAUGUAUUUCAAUUAACAGGUGUGCCUUGUUAAAAGAUACUUCCACAAAUUUCUUUCCUUCUUAAUGCGUUUGAGCCAAUCACUUGUGCUGUGACAAGGUAGGGGUGGUAUACAGAAGAUAGCCCUGUUUGGUGAAAGACCAAGUCCAUAUUAUGCCAAGAACAGCUCAAAUAAGCAAAGAGAAACAGCAGUCUAUCAUUACUUUAAGACAUUAAGCUCAGUCAAUGCGAAAAAUUAAGAACUUUGAAAGUUUCUUCAAGUGCUAUGAUGAAACUGUCUCUCAUGAGGACCGCCACAGGAAAGGAAGACCCAGAGUUCAUUUGAGUUACCAGCCUCAGAAAUUGCAGCCAGAAAUAAAUGCUUCACAGGAGUUAAAGUAACACAGACACAACAUCAACUGUUCAGAGGAGACUGGUUGAAAUCGGGCCUUCAUGGUUGAAUUGCUGCAAAGAAAUCACUACUAAAGGACACCAAUAAUAAGAAGAGACUUGCUUGGGCCAAGAAACACAAGCAAUGGACAUUAGACCAGAGGAAAUCAGCCCUUUGGUCCAUUGAGUCCAAAUUUGAGAUAUGUCUUUGUGAGACGCAGUAGGUGAACAGAUCAUCUCCGCAUCUGUGGUUCCCACCAUGAAGCAUGGAGGAGUUGAUGUGAUGUUGUUUUGCUGGUGACACUGGCAGUGAUUUAUUUAGAAUUCAAGGCACACAACCAACAUGGCUACCAGAGCAUUCUGCAGCGCUACGCCAUCCCAUCUGGUUUGCACUUAGUGGGACUAUCAUUUGUUUUUCAACAACCAAAAACUCACCUCCAGGCUGUGUAAGGGCUUUUUGGCCAAGGAGAAUGGAGUGCUGCAUCAGAUGACCUGGCCUCCACAAUCACCUGAACGCAACCCAAUUGAGUUUGACCAUAAAGGAAAAGCAGCCAACAAGUGCUCAGCAUAUUAUGUAGGAACUCUUUCAAGACUGUUGGAAAAGCAUUCCUAACGAAGCUGGUUGAGAGAAUGCCAAGAGUGUGCAAAGCUGUCAAGGCAACGGGUGGCAACUUUGAAGAAUCUAAAAUAUAUUUUGAUUUGUUUAACACUUUUUGGGGUACUACAUGAUUCCAUGUGUUAUUUCAUAGUUUUGAUGUCUUCACUGUGAUUCUACAAUGUAGAAAAUAGUAAAAAUAAAGAAAACCCCUUGAAUGUGUAGAUGUGUCCAAACUUUUGACUGGUACUGUAUUUAAAUAAAAAGGCAUCUUUCAGGAA